CCACUUGGGAACAACAAAGGACAUUUCAUGUUGUUUUUUCUAUUUCCUUUGCUUUUCUUAUAGAUUAGAUGAACAAAUACUAAAAUGUUACAAAGAUUUUUGCUUUCUUUUCCCCGUCAUGUUUCCAGUAUAUUAUAACAUGAGCAGAGUUUGGCUUCUUGCCCUUCUCAUCCUCUACAGUGCCUUUCCCUCAAAAGGAACCGGCAACGUUUCUACAAGACCGAGUGCCAUUAAUAUUGGGGCAAUUUUAUCUUUCAACUCCACAGUUGGAAGAGUGGCUAAAGUUGCCAUACAAGCAGCAGUGAAUGAUGUAAAUUCCAAUGCAACCAUUCUAAGCGGAACAAAGCUUAAUAUCUCAAUGUUGGACACCAAAUUAUCCACUGGAUUCUUAGGAAUCAUUGCUUCAUUGCGAUUGAUGGCUAGUGACACAGUGGCCAUAAUUGGUCCCCAGUACUCGGUCAUGGCACAUGUGAUUUCACACAUAGCAAAUGAGAUGCAAGUGCCUCUGCUUUCAUUUGCAGCGAUAGACCCUACACUGACCUCAAUGCAGUUCCCAUAUUUUGUGAGGACGACGCAGAGUGAUCUGCGUCAGAUGGCUGCUGUGGCAGAAAUUGUUGAUCACUUUCAAUGGAGGGAUGUCAUAGCCAUUUUCGUAGAUGAUGACCAUGGAAGAAACGGAGUAGCUGCCUUGGGAGAUAAGCUGGCAGAGAAACAAGAAGUACUUCAUGUGGCUCAAUCACUUGGCAUGAUGCAAAGUGGUUAUGUUUGGAUAGCCACAGAUUGGCUAACCACACUAAUAGAUUCAGACCCAUCCUUGUUCACAUCUCCAGCCAUCAAUAACAUCCAAGGUGUUGUCACCCUGCGCAUGCAUACACCAGAUUCAGACAUAAAGGACAAAUUUAUUUCUAGAUGGACCAAACUGAGCCAGAAAGAAAAUCCUAAUCAUGAUCCUUUAGGGUUAAACAUCUUCGGUCUUUACGCGUAUGACACUGUUUGGGCACUGGCUUAUGCACUUGAUGCACUUUUAAAAAGUGGAGGAACUUUGUCGUUUUCAAAUGAUUCUAGUGUAAUUAACAUGCUAACUGGGGACAUCCUUCACCUAGAUGCUAUGAGGGUCUUCGUCAAUGGUAGCAUGUUGCUUAAAAAGAUUUUAGAUUCUAACACAAGUGGUUUAACAGGCCAGAUGAUGUUUGACUCAGAUGGAAAUUUAAUGCAUCAAUCGUAUGAAAUCAUUAAUGUGAUAGGCAGUGGAAUUAGGAGGAUUGGUUAUUGGUCAGAAAAUUAUGGCCUCCACACUGAGGAAGCUCCUAUUCAUUCCAAUUCUAGUGAAGGACUAUAUGAUGUCAUCUGGCCCGGUCAAACAACUCAAACACCACGUGGUUGGAGUUUUGCCAGCAAUGGAAGACAAUUGAGAGUUGGGGUGACAAUGGGACUUACUUUCCGUGAGAUUGUGUCAAGAAUUGAGGGCACCGAUACGUUUAGUGGUUAUUGCAUAGAUGUGUUUACUGCUGCACUGAACUUGAUUCCUUACCCGAUACCAUUCAAGUUUAUUCCAUUUGGUGAUGGUAAAACCAAACCGUCAAAUUCAGAAUUUCUUCACAUGGUCACAAUUGGUGCCUUCGAUGCAGUGGUGGGGGACAUUACCAUUAGUGCAAACCGAGCAAAGAUAGUGGAUUUUACACAGCCGUAUAUCGAGUCUGGGCUAGUUGUUGUGGCACCUAUCAAGAAGUUGAAAUCCAGUGCUUGGGCUUUCCUGAGACCAUUCACUCCAAUGAUGUGGUUUGUGACAGGAAUGUUCUUCUUGGUGGUUGGAGCUGUUGUGUGGACUUUAGAGCGUGGUACAAACGAUGAAUUUAGAGGCCCCGCAAGAAGACAAUUUGUCACCAUUAUCUGGUUUAGCUUCUCAACCCUAUUUUUCACACAGAAAGAGAACACUGUUAGCACUCUGGGUCGUUUCGUACUAAUCAUAUGGCUGUUCGUGGUUUUGAUACUGAACUCAAGCUAUAUUGCAAGCCUGACCUCCAUCCUAACUGUGGAACAGCUCUCAUCCCAAGUUAAGGGAAUUGAAAGCUUAAUAGCAAGUAAAGACCGCAUUGGUUUCCCGAGGGAUACAUAUACUGAAAACUAUCUAACUGAGGAACUACACAUGGACAGAUCCAGGCUUGUUGCUCUGAACUCCAUGUCAGAAUUUGAAAAAGCUUUAAAAGACGGACCAGCUAGAGGUGGUGUUGCUGCAAUAAUAGAUGAACGUGCAUACAUGGAGCUCUUCCUAGCAACCAGAUGUGAAUUUAGUAUUGUUGGUCCAGAGUUCACAAGGAGUGGAUGGGGUUUUGGCUUCCCAAGGGAAUCUCCACUAGCAGUUGACAUGUCAACUGCAAUCCUAAAACUAUCAGAGAGUGGUGAUCUUCAGAGAAUUCGUGAUAAAUGGCUAACAAGAAGGGCUUGCAGCUCCGAAGGCGCAAAAGAAAGCAUUGAUCGACUUGAGCUGAAAAGCUUUUGGGGGCUUUACCUGCUGAUUGGCAUGGCCUGCUUCAUUGCUCUCCUUUGCUAUGUUAUUAGAUUGAUAUACCGUUUUAGCAGGCAUUCUAACAGUAACCUUGAAGGCUCAUCAUUCUCUUCUCAUCUUCGAUCGUUCCUUUCCUUUGUCAAUAAAAAAGAAAUGGAAGACAAAUACAAGCCAAAAGGAGAAGUGCCCUUGUAGAAAGGUAGCAGUUCAUGAAGAUGGACCUUAUGAUGACUCAGGUGUUUGUGUCCAUUUACAAAAUAAUGUCACUCCCUGAGGUUAAGUACCGAAUCCUGAGCUAAAUCUAAGAGCAUGUCUAACUUCAUUGAAAAAUGCAAUAAUCAUUGCAGAAAAAAUGCAGUGACAAAAUCUGUAUCAGUUGGACAAAAAGUACUUGCAAUCAUCGAAAUCAAUCCUUCUAAAGAAGAACCUUGGCAUUUGGCAUCAGACGAGCCAUGACAGUCAACAACAAUAUUACCAAUAUUGUAUUUUAUUGCGAGAAAUUUCUUGAUAAGAAAAAAUACGAUAAUUCCAAUAGCACUUUUUAGCUAAUAGAUUUUCCUCUUGUAUGUAUGCCAAGCAAUGGUAAUAAUUGUUACCUCUUCUAUGACUCAUGAAAAAUAUUCAACACAAAUCCCAAAA